UGGUUCUUGGAAUGUUAUGCGUUAAAUUGAGGUUAGACAUCUAUUGUUCGAUGAAAAUUCGUGAAGAUAAGUGCUCGUUUUUAGGGAAUAAACUAUAUUUUUUAACUAUCGGGACCGGUUGAAAGUCGUGGGUGUGUGUAUUGGUUUAUCGCGUUCGAAUUCAACACGAACCAGACUCGUCUACAACAAUGUGGCGAAUUGGAUUUGUAGUACUUGCGUUGGUUUACUGUACAUCUGCAGCGCAUCAGAAAGCAGUAGCAGUAUUGGAAAAUAAAGAGAAGGCUAUUUAUGGCAAAAUUGUGUUCGAGGAAACCGAUCAUGGUAUCUUGAUUAACGGUAACAUAACGGGAUUGAAGGAAGGAAAACAUGGAUUCCAUAUUCAUGAAAAAGGAGAUAUCAGUGAUCCGAAAUGUUUAUCCGCUGGCGGACACUUCAAUCCAUUUAAUAAAACCCAUGGUGAUCGAAAUGAUGAAAUCCGUCAUGUUGGUGAUUUGGGUAAUAUAGAAACCAUCGGUACAACCACCCAGUUCAGUUUCUUCGAUACUAUCAUCAGUUUAACUGGAGAAAACAGUAUUAUUGGUAGAGCUGUUGUUAUUCACGAAAAUAGUGACGAUUUGGGUAGAGAUGGAUACGCAGAUUCGAAUACUACUGGACAUGCUGGUGCUAGACUCGCCUGUGCUGUGAUCAAGAAUGGUUCCUUCAUCUAUACAGCUUCAAGGACUUUACUUUUCUCAAUGUUGAUAUUUAUGGCACUUCAAUGAUGAAAUAUCAUUGUCAGCUAUGUACAUAAAUAUUUAUAAAACGAGCAGCUGAAUGAUCAGUUCGAUAAUAUAAAAUUAUUU